AUGUGCUCCAGCCGCAAGAUCCUGUGGAGCCUGCUCCUGCUGUCAGUGGUGGAGGUGGGCCUGGGUGUGGCGAGCAUCGUCCUGGGAGCCGUGGGCAUUAGCUGGGUCCGGGGAGAUCACAAGCCGCAGCAGGGCGACGCGUCCCCGGUGUGGAGCGGACUAUGUUUUCUGGUCUGUGGGAUGUGCGGGAUGCUGUGUGCUCGCAAGAGGACAGGUCUUAUCAUGAUCCUAUUUUCGGCAUGCUGUAUCUGUGGUCUGAUUGGUGGGAUCCUCAACUUCCAGUUUGUCCGGGCGCUGAACAAACGACCAGACUCCAUGCACUCGAUCCACCUGGCUGCCAUGACUCUGGCCUGUCUGGGGAUCUCUUCCUGUACCUUAUCCACGUGGCUCACAUGUCGCCUGGCCAGCUCCGAGCAGCAGAGGAUGUUCCUGGAGAGGGAACACUCGCUCCACCACUCGCACGAGAUGACUGAGAAGGAGAUCCUGGACAACUCCAGUAACGGCAUUCCUCAGAUCUCUUACAACGGACACACCACAGCAUCACCGUGACAACAUAUCACCAAAGGCGACACACUGAAACAGAGACGGUUCAUGCUGCUUGCUGUCAGAUGACAAAUACGGCAUGUACUUCUUUCUACACAUGCUGCGACGUAACUACAUCCUGACUGCAAGGAGUGAAACCAGGUCUCUUGCCUUCGAUCCCUUUGACAACAACAGGGAGGCGUUUGAACCUCUGAAUGAGUACGCAAACACCGGUUCAAACCCCCCUUUGACCAACUCAAACCAAAGUCGGGAUGGAGAGCUGUUGUGUGGGUCAUAAUUCAGGUGACAAACAUCUGCGUGCGGUAUCUGACCUUUAAACUAAUGAGCUGGAAAGAUAGGUUUUAUCCAAUGAGAUGAGCACAAACCAAGCAUGCAACCGAUUCACUUGAAUAGCUCCUGCUAGUUCAGUCCUAAUGUCUUUAUUUUCGCUGCGUGUCUUGUUAAGGGUUUAUGGAAUGCAGAUCUUGAGAUAGCCUAAAGUAAACCGUAUUUAUGGUCCGAUAAAUGAAUGCUUUGAUAUGAAAUACAGUGAUGCGCAAUGUACCGUAUUGUAUAUCCAUGCUUGUA